AUGAGAUUCUUCAAGUCGAACACUGGCCUGGCGUCAUCUGGUAUACUGUUGCUCGCAUCAGUGCCAGCUGUCUUCGCCGACUGCGCGCUCCCGUCGACUUAUUCGUGGACAUCAACUGGUGCUCUAGCGAAUCCCAAAUCCGGCUGGCUCGCACUCAAGGACUUCACCAGCGUGGUUUGGAACAACAAACACGUCGUCUACGCAUCAACCGCCGAUACAAAUGGAAAGUACGGCUCGAUGACCUUCGGCGCCUUUUCGGAUUGGUCCGGCAUGGCAACUGCGAGUCAAGACGCAACGAGCUUUACAGCCGUUGCGCCCACUUUGUUCUACUUCCAGCCAAAGAACAUUUGGGUCCUGGCCUACCAAUGGGGCUCGAGCACAUUCACCUAUCGAACAUCAACUGAUCCUACCAAUGCCAAUGGAUGGUCAGCGGAGCAAGCCCUCUUUUCCGGAAAGCUCCCCGCCGCAGACAAAGGCACCGCCAUUGAUCAGACCAUUAUUGGUGACUCGACGCAUAUGUACCUUUUCUUUGCAGGAGACAAUGGAAAGAUCUAUCGCGCCAGCAUGCCGAUCGACAAUUUCCCUGGAAGCUUCGGAGCAAAUUACGAGGAGAUCCUAAGUGACACUAAGAACAACCUGUUUGAAGCAGUUCAAGUGUACACCGUCAAGGGCCAGAACAAGUACCUGAUGAUCGUCGAGUCAAUUGGAGCACAGGGGCUGCGGUAUUUCCGUUCAUACACCUCCGACAGUCUCGGCGGUUCGUGGGAACCCCAGGCAACAGACGAGAGCAGUCCCUUUGCCGGAAAGGCCAAUAGCGGUGCAACCUGGACCAACGACAUCAGUCAUGGUGAUUUGGUUCGAAGCAACCCUGACCAAACAAUGACCAUCGAUCCAUGCAACCUGCAACUCCUCUACCAGGGACAAGAGCCGAACGCCGGUGGUGACAACUACGAUACCCUACCGUGGAAGCCUGCCGUCCUGACUCUGAAGAAUUAA